AUGCGCACGGGGGCGCGUUGGUUCAAGCUGCGGAGGAUGCCCUUGCAGAUGGAAGACAUUCUCAUCUACGGCGCGCUGGUGUCUUUUGCAAUUACGACGGCGUUGUAUCUCGCUACCGUCGGUACCUUUUUCAACCUUGAAGCUAUCCAACAGGGCCGUAUGGAACCAUAUGCCGGCCUUGAAAACGACCUCGUCUUGAUGCUGCAUGAGUUUUUUGUUGUCCAGUUUUUCUUCUGGCUGACCUUGUGGAUGGUCAAGUGGAGUCUGAUGUUUAUGGCCGUUCCCAUGCGCGUCCUCUGGGGUUUACAAAUGUCGCUCGUGGAAAAGAUUAGUGUCGGCGUUGUCUUUGCCGUUGGGCUGAUCACCAUGGUUACGGCUAUCAUACGAAGCGUCACGUUGGAGUCAAGCUCAACUUCUGGCCAAGUUAGUACGACGUGGCUCAUCAUGUGGGCUGCCAUAGAAGGAGCUAUUGCAAUGAUUGUAGGGUGUCUUCCAUCCUUUGCAGUCUUCAUUCAUGGUCGGGUGGCGGCAUCCCGAGCCCAAUACGCCAGCGGCUCCAACAAAAACCCCGCUGGCCCAAGGACGAAAUCUCGCGGAACUACAGGGAGCAAUCGCUUGUGGCAAUAUCACGAUGCCUCAAGCGAUAAAAGCCUGGUGGGAGGGGGCAUCGUCGUUACGCAAUCAUGGCGGCAGAGCUGGCAUAAGACAACUGGAGGGAAAGCCGACAGGGUGGAGGGGUUAGAGACGGAUCAUGAGUUAGAAAUAGUUGGCGGAAAUAACGGCAAUGGGAAAUAA